AUGGUACUGUGAACUAUGAAGGCGAGUUGAAUGGGACAGUAUACCUGAUCUGGGGAGCAGGGUGAGGCAUUUGGAAAUUCAGAGCUGCGCUCCAACGUCUUGGUUCAUUGACCCUAUCGCGCCCGCCCAAUGCCAUCAUUGCUCACUGACUUCCUUCGCCAGGCAGGCGGCACAGCCGUCAUCGACGGCGGCCUCGCGACGGAGCUCGAACGCCACGGUGCCGACCUCAACGAUCCUCUCUGGAGUGCCAAAUGCCUCCUCGCCUCACCCCACCUUAUUCGUGAGGUACACCUUGAUUAUCUUGAAAAUGGUGCCGAUAUUUUAAUCACAGCAUCUUAUCAGGCCACCAUUCAAGGUUUUCUAGCUAAAGGCUUUUCUAACGAAGAAAGUGAAGCCUUGCUCAAGAAAAGUGUUGAAAUUGCUCUCGAAGCUCGACGUAUAUAUUAUGAAAGAUGUGCUGCAUGUUCUUCAGAAGAUAAGCACGAUGGAAAAGUUUUCAAACAACGUCCAAUCCUUGUGGCAGCAUCAGUCGGCAGCUAUGGAGCUUAUUUGGCUGAUGGCUCAGAGUACAGUGGCGAUUAUGGUGAUGGCAUCACGUUGGAAACUCUGAAAGAUUUUCAUAGGAGAAGAGUUCAAAUAUUGGCUGAUUCAGGUGCUGACUUAAUUGCAUUUGAAACAGUGCCAAAUAAGCUAGAAGCUCAGGCUUAUGCGAAGCUUCUAGAAGAAGAAAACAUAAAGAUCCCUGCAUGGUUUUCAUUUAACUCCAAGGACGGAAUUAAUGUUGUUAGUGGUGAUCCUUUGGCUGAGUGCGGCUCCAUUGCCGAGUCAUGCAAAGGAGUUAUUGCUGUUGGAAUAAACUGCACUCCCCCUAGAUUUAUACAUGGCCUAAUAUUAUCGCUUAAGAAGGUGACUACAAAACCAAUUGUUAUCUAUCCAAACAGUGGGGAAAGCUACGAUGGUGACAAAAAGGAGUGGGUAGAAAACACAGGGGUUUCAGAUGACGAUUUUGUGUCGUAUGUAAAUAAAUGGUGUGAGCUGGGAGCCUCUCUUGUAGGAGGUUGUUGCCGAACAACCCCAGCUACUAUCAGAGGCAUAUACAGGACACUCUCCCGCAGAUCAGCCACUCUAGCCGCGGAGUGACUUCCCUCACAUAUCCGGCAUGGAGUGUUCGAAUGCUGACGAGGCUGGCAGAUGGUGCUGUGUCAUGUUGCUCCUCUGGGCAUUUUGAGGUGGGAAGACCUUGCUUAACCAUUCUGCACUUGUGGUGUAAACAGCAUUUUGCCCUUGAUGCCAGCUCCACCUUCAACUUGAGGAUCGUUGUGCAGGUCUCAGUCAAGAUGAGUCUCAACACCUACGGAAAAAUGUUUGGCUUUUCCACCCCGUUUUAUUUUAUUUUCUAGAAGAAAGAAGACAUGAUUGACGUGUGAACCCGUAGACCUGUUGAAAUGUCAUGUUGAUAUUUUGUUUGACGAUGUUAAAAUUAUGAAAAUAACUGCACCUUAAAUUC